GCCUUCACUGCACGUUUAUCGUGCUAUUAGGAAUCGAGGAUGAGGAGGAAGAGGAGCUGACAAUCCGCUUCGAUGAUCAUCCCCGCGCUCAAUCCGUAGCUUUUGCAAGACUUAUUUAAGGGCAUUGGGACCAGCAUGAAACAUCUGACCAUUCUCCUUAAAGAGACAGUACACUUUAAUAUCUGACAUAUGCAUCUAUAUCAGCAAUAACAACAUUAGUCUUUAUAAAACAUGUAAAGUAUAUUAAUUCAAUUCAAGAACAUUUGUAUAGGGCUUUUCACAAUAAUAAUUGCUUUACAAAAGGUGCACAUACAAUCAAACGAGGAACUGUUAAUGUUAUUAGUUACCUUUAACUAAUUGACUAGUAGCUAAUAGUUUAUAAACAUAUAAAUAAACAUAGAUAACUUACAGUAAUAUAGUAUAUGAGAAAAUAAAGUGACAUAGAAAAUAUUCACAAUUAUUUAUUAAAAUAUUCAAUUAUUAUUUUAAUAAAUAAGCUUGGAACUGAGUUGAUCUGUGAUUAUGAUGAGCAAAUGCACUUUAUGAUGUUUCCAACAAUCCUAUAAUCAUAUUUAUCCAAGUAUAUAGCAAAACAUGCUGCAUUUGAGCGCAGUAACAGAUUGUCUGCUGAUCAGUAACGCACGGUCAGCCUGUAACAAUGACCUCAUCCAGAAGGAGGCAGUCACCCUGUGUAUUAAUGUGUCCAAGCAGCAGCCCUUUCCUUCUGCUCGGGUCAGCACUUUGCGUGUACCUGUCUAUGACGACCCUAAUGAAGACCUGUACAGGUAUUUUGACCGCUGUGCUGAUGCUAUAGCCAGUGAGGCAGGACGGGGGGGUCGGACCGUUGUGUACUGCAAGAACGGACGCAGCCGCUCAGCUACUGUCUGCGUGGCCUAUUUGAUGAAGCACCAGAGUCUCACUCUAACAGAUGCCUUCCAGGUAGUAAAAAGUGCCCGAUCAGUAGUCGAGCCUAACCCAGGAUUCUGGAGUCAGCUGGAGCGAUAUGAGCAGGAGCUGAAGAUCAGGAGGUCAGGCAGUAGAAAAUCCAAACUCCCUCCACCUUAACUUUAUUCCAUCUCCACAUACUACAUUGUCAACCUUUAUGGCUAGACCUGUUAAUAUAAUGCUUGAUGAAAAUUAAGAGCUUAGAUGCAGCUAUGAGUAUGAAUUCCUUUAAAUUAGGAUACGUGCCUUAUAUUGUCAUCCUCAAGUUGUUGUAUUUAUUGCCAUUUUUGAAAACUUAAAUGGCUUUUUAAAGUGCUUUUUUACCUUAAUUAUGUUGUUUUCUGCUAAAUAGACUGCAGUUUUUCUGAUGGAGACGAGUCCCUUUAACAAACCUAGAGAACCUCAAAACUGCAAAAAUAUUUUCACAGAAUAGAAUAACACCAAGUCCUAACUACACACAGGAUAAAGAGAAAUGACCAUUUUAGUUUCUAUUUCCACAAAGUCACAGCAAAACAAUGGCAUAAACUACUAUGCCAAUGAUCACCUCAGGUACAGACUAUAUGCUUUAUCCAGUGUUAAAUGCUACCAAUGUGAGUUUGAAUACCAUUAUAAGUGACAUUUAUGUCCAUACGUCUGAAAACGGCAGCAGACACACCUCAGAUAUUGAAAAUAAACGGUUCGAAAACAAAAUUCAGAAAGUGACUCACAAUGUGCACACAAUGUCUGUAUUUAAAUGUUUCUGUUGUGUCGCAUCAUAAGGAGUUCCUAAAGUGACAUGUGGGGAAAAAAUAUUGAAGACGUUAGCGUGCUCACGUGAUGUCGUGCACACGCAAUAUGUAUGUCCAUGUCAUAUGCACACAAUAGGUAUGUCUAUGUCAUAUGAAGCAAUCCGUAUGUGGUGCACACACAGUAUAUGUCUAUGUCAUGCGGAUGCAAUGCGUAUGUCGUGCACACGCGACAUAUAUGUCUAUGUUGUGCGCACACUUAUAAAAGAACCAGAGCUGAUUUUAAAUGGAAUUAGUCUAUUUCACAACAAAUGUAAUAAUAAAUAUAUUCGACAACUUUUUCAAAA